AUGAGACUCGUCACCUUUGUGCAGCUUAUCCCGGGGGUAAAACUGAGCAUAUACGCCAACGAGAACUGCUUCGAUGGCCCUGCUCCGGACGAAGAUGACGGUCGCAACGGCUGGAAUGACUACAUGGUGGUCGACGCUAUGAACUACCUGAAAGUCAUUCAUUGGGGAGAAAAUGGGACGCACGGAUACCUCGAUUACUCGGCUUUGCACCUCCCCCUACCACGGUCUCAAUAUUUGUUGCGUCACCUCAGCCUGACAUUGGAUACGACGAUUCAGGAUAAGACGCAAGUGGAGGCUCCAUCAUGGAAGACCGGCUCAGCGCUGGCCCACUCUGCAGCGGUACCGACCAAGAAGUUGAAGAAGCUUUAA